AUGAUUUUCGGCACGACGGUCAUUGACUACGACUGGCCCACCGCCGCCCUGAAGCGCACGGUAACAACUUCGUCAGUCCCUCCGGGCUUGGCACUCUAUUACGGCGACGAGAUCUGCGAGUUUACCCCGUGCACCGCUGACUUCAUGUCUGGCUACGCGGCAUCGUUCGCGGCCAGUUCUAUCCAGUCCACAGACCUGAAGGUUUACGAGUUUGUCCGGUGGGUGGUGACCUACCCCGACAACUCGACCGACAUUGUGAAGGUCCCAGCUUUGAACAACUUGAGGGUCGACGUCGAUGGCCUCACGAUUGCGGCAGAGUACCAGGUCCUCGCCCCUGUGUUCGUUAGCGACAUGCCACCCCCGGUCAUUGCCGCCAUUGGAGGCUUCUACACGAAGAUCGCGCUGCUGGUACCGGUAGGUCGAUCGAAUUACACCGUAUACCUGCGGGCGUACAACUCCGUGAACAACACUGUCUCCGCCAAGUCCACCGAUUACGUGGUCGAGUCCGCCGACAGCCUGGACCCCUCCGAAAAUCUCUGUCCGGAAGAUGUCCCCUUGGUCGGGGUAGAGGUCCAGUUCCAUGCCAACGCCUCAGCCGUUCCUGGAAUCAUUCAGGCGGAAGACUUUGAUGACGGAGGAGAAGGCGUAGCCUACCAUGAUACCAACGCAACAAACGAGGGAGCAUCAAUGCUCCGAGAGGGGGAGGGUGUUGACCUGGAACGUAUUGGGGACACGGUUGUUAAUGUGGCCUGGACGGCACCCGGAGAGUGGAUAUCCUACACCGUUCAGCACCCCGGAAGCGAAACCGUCGUGCAGGAUGUGUCCGUGAGAUACGCUGUUCUCGGACACUGGAACGGCAUCGCUCUUUGCCUUGACCUGGAAGACCCCUCAGAGUGCCCCAAACUCGGGGAGGGGGACGAGCAGGUGAUCAUGCUGAACUCGAACCUGCCGGAGACGCGCAGCUACUCCGACUGGAACUGGACAAAAAACGCCUCUGUGGCUCUCACCCCCGGCCCGCACGUGGUGACUCUCUGUUUUAUCGGGAACGCCGUGGUGAACGUUGAUCUAUUACGAUUCGGGGAGUCUGAUUGCAGCAAUGGCGUAUGCCAGUGGGUCGAUAGCGAGGAGACAUGCAUCACGUGUCCGCAGGAUUGUGGAGAGUGCCCUACAGCCUACGUGCCGCUGCGGGUGCCCGGAGACCUUGAAGCCGAGGACUUUGAUAUUGGUGGAGAGGGGGUGGGUUUCCACGAGAACGAAUGCGUGUCGAGUGAGACCAAGAACUGCACUCAGGUUCAGGGAAUGCUAAGCGAAUACAGGAACGAAUCAUCCAAGGAGGGUCUCGUGGAGCUCAGAGAUGCUGAUGGCACCGUUAGCUGGGGAUGGACCAGCAUUGGCGAAUGGCUGACAUACACUGUUACGGUAUCGGUUACGUCAGACUACAACGUAACGCUUCGCUACGCGUCAGCAUCUACCGGACAGGCCGUCAUCUUCCUGGACACCUAUACUUGCGACGUUAAGGAGGGCAAAGGCACCUUCCUCGGCUCGUUGCUCAUGCCCGACAGUGGAGGAGAGGCUGGACCGUUCUCCAGAACGGCUCCUUUCACGACCCGUCUGCAAGCGGGGCAACACAGUAUUCGAGUAUGCGUGGCAACCGGAGGUUUCACGUUGGACAAGAUUUCCUUCGAUCUUCAGACCAGCGGGGUUUGCAACGACGACGGAAAGUGUGACGUGGGCGAUGACGAGGGAUGCAUGUCUUGCGAGGACGACUGCGUUUGCUCGGAGGGUCAAUGGUACGGGUUUGUCAAGACUUCCAUCCCCGGUUUCGUGGAGGCUUACAAGUUCGACGAAGGGGGCAACGGCGUCGCUUACUACGAUGACACUAAAGGGAAUCUGGGAUUGGUUGGGCUUCGCACUGAUGAAUCGGUGGAUAUCGAGGCUGGAUGGGACGGAAGCCUCCACGUCGCCUACGGCACUCCAGGCAAUUGUUGGUCGUCUGUGUAG